AUGGGAGCCCAGUUCCAAUACAAACAAGGUAACUUCAACCAAGGUAACUCUAGCCAAGGUUGGAAGAACCACCCUAGUAUUGGGCAACAACAAAGCAAUACUUCUGGGCAGGUAGGUGGCUUCAGGCAGCAACAACCGUCACCCCUAUGGCAGCAGGUGAGUAGUUUGACCGAGACGGUCAGAGACCUAAGUGGAAGAUUUGAUAAAUUUUUAAAGGUCUAUGAGUCUCAACAAGCUAGUGAUCAGGCCAGCUUUAGAGCACUGGAGGCACAAAUUGGGCAUCUGUCAAAGAGGGUGGAAACCACUGAGAAAAGUCAAUCUAGGGGCAACACUGAUGUUAGUCCCAAGGAUGAAUGCAAUGUUGUGAUGACUAAUAGAAAAAGGAAGACAGUAGAGGAAAUAAUUGAGAUUGGGAGCAGUGAGGAUGAAGAUGAGAAGAGUAUGUAUCAUUAUGAAGAGAAUGAGCAGAAGAAACAUGAAGAGGAAAAAGAAAAGGAAAAAGGAGUUUAUCAAGAGCCAUUCAGAGAAAUAUUUGAUCGUGUGACCAUUAUUCCUGGAGCAUGUCCACAAAUUCCUGAGUACGACAAAAGGAUCAAGUACUAUCUUGGAGAGGUAAUUGAUCUUGAUGAUGAAGAAGAUCAGGACCGACUGGUUAAGCCUAGAAAGAAGGACCAUCCACAAAAAUUAAAAGAUUCAGGGGCGCUGACUCUUCCUUGUGUAAUCAAUGAUGUGGACAUCGGGAGAGCCAUAAUUGAUUCAGGAUCAAGUGUGAAUUUGAUGCCCUUCAUUGCUUUCAAAAAGAUUGGAGGGAUGAAGCUAAAACCAGCAAACAUUACCCUGACAAUUACAGAUGGAUCUAUUAAGAAGUCAGUCGGUAUAGUGGAAGAUGCAAUUGUCCGAAUUGAUGCGUUGGAAUUUUUGCUUGACUUUUUAGUUGUGGACAUGGCCAAUGAGGGGAGAAUUUCGUUAAUCUCGGGAAGACCUUUCAUGAGGAUUUCUAAGAUGGUCGUACGUAUCCACGACAGCAACAUAAAGUUAAGAGAUCAUGAUCAAAUGUUAAUUUAUUAUGGCUCUGAGGAAACCAAAAUGAGAGCAAUAAGAAGAUCCAAAUACAAAAAGGCCAGAAGAAAAGCUGCAAAAGAGGAAAACACAUUAGGUAUUGAGCAUCGUAACAACUGUAAUGUUUUGCAUAUUCUGGAGGAAAAGAAGGCAAGCGUAGAGGAAUCAAUUCCCUCAGAGGACACCAUAUUCCUGCAUGGCAUGUCAGUACGAUUUAAAAUUAGGAAAUGGAUUGUGAACAGGAAGCUUAAGGAGGAGGGAAUGAUAGAGAUCAGAAGGCCUUACUCCACAACAAUUCGAAAAGUGGAGAGAAGAAAGUUGAGCAAGUGGGACGAUGAAGAUCCCGAUGGGUGA